AUGCCUGCCGACUACAACGGACGCUGGGAGAUGGUGAAAAACGAGAACUUUGAAGAAUACAUGAAAGUUCUGGAUAUUGACUUUGCCACCCGUAAGAUUGCCCUCCAUCUGACUCAGACCAAGGUGUUUGUCCAGGAUGGGGACAAGUUUGAGACCAAGACGCUGAGUACUUUCCGGAACUACGACCUGAACUUCACGGUUGGAGUGGAGUUUGAUGAGCACACCAAGGGCUUGGAUAACAGGGUGGUCAAGACCCUGGUGACCUGGGAUGGAGACAAGCUGGUGUGCACACAGAAGGGGGAGAAACCUGGCCGGGGCUGGAAACACUGGAUUGAGGGGGACUUGCUGCACCUGGAGCUGACCUGCGGAGAUGUGGUUUGCCACCAAGUGUUCAAGAAGAAGUAA